AUGUCCAUGAAGUACCUCGCCGCAUACGCUCUUGCAUCGCUGAGCAAGCCGACACCAAGCGCUGCCGAUGUGGAGGAAAUCUGCAAAGCCUGCGCUAUCCCAGUUGAGAGGGAGUCCCUUGCAUUUGUCCUGGAAUCCAUCGCUGGCCGCAGCGUUGCCACCCUCGUGGCGGAGGGUGCGGCGAAGAUGAGCGCCGCCGCCGUUUCCGCUGCUCCUGCUGGCGCUGGUGCCGCCGCUGCCGCCGCCGGCGGUGCAGCCCCCGCUGCUGCCGCUGAGGCCAAGAAGGAAGAAGAGGAGGAGGAGGAUGAUGACAUGGGCUUCGGUCUCUUCGACUAA